AUGGCCUCCGCGGUCUUGGUGCGGAACGGUCGGGCUGGCAAGCCUUGGCUCAGCAAGCACGAGCUGCUGCACAACUACUCUGGUGCCUACACCACGGCACGCACGGUGAAGCGAAGCGCCGUCUUUGAGCUGUCCAUGCACUGCCAGAGGCUGGUGGACACGGCCAGCAGCGUGCUGCAGCGCGCGGAGGCCUCCGAGAAGGUCCGCCGGGCCCAGCGGUUCCUGGAGCUGGGCCCGGAGGCGCUUCGGCCGGUGUUGAGGUCGGAGUGUCGCACCGCGCUGCAACAUUUGGAGGAGGAGGGCGAUUUCCAGAUCACAAUCUUGCUCACCUGCGACACAGCCAGUGAGGAGGACGAGCGGGGCUUCGACAUGUUCACCUUUAUGCAGCCCCUGCCCUUCGUGGAAGCUACUGUGGAGGUGGAAGCCCACCGAGCGGACAGGAGCAAUCCCACCAUCAAAGACGUGCAGUGGGUAAACGACAGGCAGCAGCUGGAGGAGAUCAUCCAAGGGAACGCCGACAUUAACGAGGUGGUGAUGUACGAUGCUCACGGCUGCAUCACCGAGGGCCUGCAGACCAACUUCUUCGCAAGCCGGGCGGGCACCUUAUUUACGGCUCCGGACGAGCGUGUCUUGUCCGGCACCGUGCGAAAGGUGGUUCUCGACGUCGCGAGAGAGAAUGGCAUCCCGGUCCGAUUCGAGUGCCCCAAGAUUGGGGAUCUGGACAAGUGGGACAGCUGCUUCGUUUGCUCCACCUCCCGCUUGGUGAAGCCCAUCCGCGCGCUCAAGGCCCCCGAGCUUGGCCUGGAGCAGCGCUUUGAGCUGGGCAUGGCGCAGCAGGUCAAAGACCUGGUGCUGGAAGCCGUGGAGCGCCACUCCGCACGGCACCGCAGUGCUGGCAAUCAGAAGCUCGGCGAUCAGUACGCCUGGAGCUGCUUCGGGGAAGGGCCGGGAUAUUGCCCCGCCGCUUGCACAGAGAAGAUGCAUGGCAGCUGCAUAGUGGCGACCCAGAACGACCUCUCCCUGCAAUGCGUGUGCAUAGGGGUGAGGCCCAUCCGUCACCAAGUGGUUGCCUCGACGAUGAUUUCGCUGGUGGUCAUUUUCUGCAUGACGGGCAUGAGGACCUGGCGUUUCUGGCGCUACGAGCCGUACCUCCGGGCCUCGACCUUCCCGCGGCUAGGCUUGCUGUGCCUCGGGGUGAUCACCCUGGGCCCGCAGAUCUGGCUCGUUUGGGUCACGGAGCACCUUGCGGCCGCCAAGCCGGACCUCUACAGAGCAUCUCAGCUCGUGAACCAUCUCCUCGUGGGCUUCGCCUCUUUGCUGCCGGCAGUGCUGCUGGCCAACGAGUGCAAGUGGACCUUAGCCUCUUGGUCGCCUCCGCAGAACUUCCUGGCCCGGGGGGCCCUGCGCUGCGGCGCGGCCUCCGCAGUGCCGGCGCUGCAGAGCCUCGCCUCCGUGGCGGCGCUCUUCGGCGCGGUGACCAGCGCAGCCGAUCUGCGAUGGCCCCGCGCCUUUGUGGCGCUGCUUGGAAUGGUGGCCGCAGCUGCGCCCUUUGUGCCCCACCGCUGCGCCCCGCGGGGGCCGUGAGAGAUCCGCUUCGGACUUGCUGGAGGUCAUGGAUCUCUUAUGGAAUGCAGAAAAAGGAUCCUCACGACAGAAAUCGUGCUCAUGGCCCACAGAGUUGACCAUCACAGUUAGCUAACAGGCCAAUGACGCCUGUUGCGAGCACAUUGAAUGGGCCGGGAAGUGGUCCUACCCUCCAGUUCCCUCCGAUGAUUCA